CAAGGGGAGGGAUCCUCAUCACAUUGUCUACGUUCCUUCCCACCUUUUCUUAAAGCUACAGCACAGCAGCCAUUUGAAGCUGAGCAUUCUGCAUUGAGACUGGCUAUAGGGAAAACAUGGGCUCGAGAUCACAGAGUUUCUCUUUUCACCAAGUGAUGUAAAACUCUGCUCUGUCAGAAACAGGGGGCGGGGAAAGUCACAGAAAGCGAAGAAUUUCCUCUGCUGGUUACAGAGUAUUCUAAUUCAGUCACACCCACACCACAAGAUUCUGGAAUCUUUGUAACACUUUGUGUGACUGUCAUCAAUCUUGCUGCAAGAAACUCUGUUUGGAGUUGUGUUGCAUUCAUCCUGAACUGUCUGAAACACAAAUCCUCUGGAUAGCUGGCUUCUUAUUCCAGAUUAGUGAAUGCAGUCUGACGGCACUGAGGGCAUGGCAGCUACUCACGUGUGCUUCUCCAGUUCCACUUGCUGAUUAUAUAAUCAGAUUAUUUUUUAAAGAUUAUCAAUUUCCCCCCCAUAUUGGCAGAGUAUGUCUCUCUCCUGGAUAACUGGGAUUGUGACCGGUCUGGCAGCUCUGUAUUUCCUCCAGAAGAGGUUGUUUCCAUACCUGUGGGUUGACUUGAAGUUUCUGCUGAAAGUGAUGAAAUAUGGCAUUCAGAUCGAGAUGUACAGGAGGACAGGCAACGUGGUCACAGUCCUGGAUCGCUUUAUUCAACAAGCUCAGAGGAUCCCUGAUAAAGCCUUCUUGAUCUACCAGGGGCAGGUAUACACUUACCGUGAUGUGGACAGGAGGAGCAACAGGGUGGCAAGGGUCUUCAUAAACUACUCCUCACUGAAAAAGGGAGACACAGUGGCUAUGCUGAUGAACAAUGAGCCAGACUUUCUGAAUGUGUGGUUUGGUUUGGCAAAAAUUGGCUGCCUGGUUGGCUUUCUGAACUAUAACAUCAGAUCCAGAUCCCUAUUGCACUGUUUUCACAGCUGCGGAGCCAAGAUCUUUAUUGUGGGAGCAGAUAUGCUUGAAACACUGAACGAAAUUCUACCAAGUUUACAAGAAGACAACAUCAGCGUUUGGGUAAUGACAAAAGAAACCUCUCUCAAAGGGGUAAAUACUAUUCUAGAUAAGUUGGAAUCUGUAACAGAUGAACCUGUCCCACAUCACCUGUAUAAAGUAAAUCGUAUCAGCGCUACAACAUUGUACAUUUUCACUUCUGGAACUACAGGCCUUCCAAAAGCUGCUGUUAUUAGUCAGUUACAAACGCUAAAAGGCGCUGCUGGGAUAUGGGCAUUCGGGGGUAAUCCGGAUGACAUUUUGUAUGUUACACUUCCACUGUAUCAUAGCGCUGCCUCUAUCAUUGGAAUAGCUGGCUGCAUUUAUUUAGGUGCAACAUGUGUAUUAAGGCAGAAGUUUUCCGCAAGUCAGUUCUGGAAUGAUUGCAAAAAGUACAACGUUACGAUUAUUCAAUAUAUCGGAGAAUUGUGCCGUUAUUUAUGCAAGCAACCAGAGAGAGAUGGGGAUAAGGAUCAUAAGGUGCGUAUGGCUGUAGGAAAUGGUGUUCGCAGUGAUGUGUGGAGAGAAUUCCUAGCAAGAUUUGGUGACAUCAAAAUGUGUGAACUGUACGGUGCCACCGAAGGGAAUAUUUGCUUCAUGAAUCACACUGGAAAAAUUGGAUCUGUUGGGCGCAGCAAUUUAUUUUACAAGCUUGUGUUCCCAUUUGAACUGAUAAAAUAUGACAUUCAGAAAGAUGAACCAAUAAAAAACCAACAUGGCUGGUGUCAAACUGUUGAGAAAGGGGAAACUGGACUAUUGAUAUCGAAAGUGAACUCUAACAACCCUUUCUUUGGUUACGCUGGGAAUAAAAAAGACACGACAAAGAAGUUGUUAUGUGAUGUGUUCAAAAAAGGUGAUGUUUAUUUCAAUACUGGAGAUUUGAUGGUCCAAGAUUCUGACAACUUUCUUUACUUCCGUGACCGGAUUGGAGAUACCUUUAGGUGGAAAGGAGAGAAUGUAGCUACUACAGAAGUUUCUGACAUCAUUGGAAUUCUGGACUUUAUUCAAGAAGCCAAUGUAUAUGGAGUAACUGCUCCAGAGCAUGACGGAAAAGUUGGAAUGGCAUCUAUUAUUAUGAAACCCAACCAUCCUUUGGAUUUAAACAGUCUCUACAAUCAGGUUGUCGCUUAUCUACCUGGCUAUGCUCGCCCACGAUUUUUAAGGCUGCAGGAAAACAUGGAAGUAACUGGAACAUUCAAGCAACAGAAAGUCCGUCUUGUGGAAGAAGGUUUCAAUCCAACGUCAAUAUCAGAACCACUUUUUUUCUUAGAUGAUUCAAAAAAAGCAUAUAUUCCGUUGACCAAAGACAUUUAUGAGAACAUAAUUUCUGGUCUGAUAAAACUCUAAGCAUGGGUGUCUAAGUGUUGUUGCAAUGAACUUGCAUUUUUUGGACUCUUAACCCUCACUGUGAGUGGUUACUGUUGUUCCUGAAAUUAGUUAAAGCAAUACUUCUCAUAGCGAGAACAUUGGGACCACUCUGACUGCCUUUAGUUAACUUAUUGCACCAGAAUAAUUAGCGCAAAGUGCUAACAUGGUGAAAGGGAUUGAGACAGCCUACAUGACCGCUAAUGUAAUACAAAUUAAAAGCCAAUACCUUUUAAAAUCAAUAGGCUACAUAGAAAAUAAUCUUUAUACAGGUAACUAGUUUAAUAAUACAAACAUCAAUGUUGUUCAUCAAGUGGAUUUUGUCUCUUGCCCAUGCUUGAGUUCAUGUCACAUUCACUUGGGAGUUGGCAUAGGUACUUCAAAGGUACCUUCAAAUCCUGUGACUUUAGGGAAUAGUACAAUCUCUCUACCUGAUUCUGUGGGAGACCAGUUAUGUGUAAACAACCAAUCUUAACCCUAUCACUACCAAGCAGUUUGCAAACAAAAUAAAAAAUACCCACAGUAUUUUAAGUGUUUUGGAAACGAACGUUUAAAUGGAUUUUUCAUUUCAGUAUGCAUAGAUAGCACAUUAUUUUACGAAAACAAAAGCAAAUAUUUUUGUUGGACAGGAAAAAUUCAAACACAAAUUAUUUGCCCAAACAAUGACGUUUCCAAAUAAAAAUAAAAAAAAUUGUAACUGACAUUUAACCAUUGCAUACUUGGACCCCAUGGAUUUCCUGUUUAUAUGUCAUAUAUAUAUAAUGUUGCUGCAUUACUAAAACAUUGUCUCUUCGGACACACAUAUACAUAUCUUUAGACUCACACAUUCAUCCGCAUGUUCAUUCAUACAUAUAGAGAGACACAAACUCAGUACCACACUCAUAGACACACCAACAUAGACAGGAACACAUUCAAAUACACCCACAAAAACAUCCACAGACAGACAUUCCAAGAUAUACAUACGUAGACUCACAGAUACACUAGCAUGCAGGAGGCAGAUUCUGCAUUAAUUUUACAGCGAAUGAAGGUAUGGUACCGUAGUUAACUGUCUUUGUCAGUGUACUAAUACAACAUUCAGUCUCUCCACCUUCCAGCUUUUCCUCACUUUGAUGGAGGAGGCAGGAAGAGCAGGGGAUCAUAAUAAAGUGACACAGGUCUAAAUAACUAGAAGCGGGUGGCACCAACGACAGUUAUGCAGUAAUUAGGAAAAUGUUGACCUGAAGGUUGUGCUUGUGCAGCACUGUAUACAGAGAGCUAGUAUCUGUAUUCAGCAUCCAGAGGCUGGAAUAUCAGCACUUUGCUGCGCUGUGACUGCUGACUGUAGUUAUGGAAUCAUUUGCAAACUGAAUUUAUUUUCAAUAAACAAAUGUAAUUUGCAAUAAUGGAAAUUAUGUAUACACUAUUCAUGGAUAUGGAUGCAUUACCUGGUAAAUGUGUAUUGUUGGAUUAAGGGGAAGGAAAUAUAUUGUAUCAAAGGCCCACUUUCUAUUUAUUUUUUUAAUAAUUUAAGUAGCAUUUUUUUUUCUACCCUGUCUGACUCCUUUCAAAAUAUCAGUACUUUCUCUGUGUACUAUAUAAGUGCUAAUGACAUUUUUACAACUAACAAACAUCAAGGUUAAAAUAAUAAGGACCACUAUUUGCACCAUAGCAACUUUAUUACAGUGGAGUUAUUUUGGUGCAAGGUCCAAGUGCUGUCUUACCUUAAGGGUUUAAACCGUUAAUGCAUGGUUUAACCACAAACUUUAGAAGAUGGCGCCUGAUUGCUCUGCCCUUCUACUUCCUUUCUUGGUCCAAGGCUUCAAUUACAAAGCCUCGAACUGGGUGCUGCUCAGAACGUCCACUGACACUUUAAGCCCAUCACUAACUCCCCAUUUAGAAAAAUGGAGUAAAAAAGUUUUAUUUUUUUUUUUUUAAAUCCAUUUUCUGAAUGGUGAGCUAGAGUCAGCUGACUCUAAUUGAUAAUUGUAGCAUAUCUACAUGUUGUAGCGAUCACUGAUUUUGGAAGAAUCCUUUAAAAACCCAAGAAUAUGGUGAUAAUUUAUACUCUAACAUGAAAAAAUGGUAAGGACCAUAGUAAGCGUGCUGAUAUGUAAUAUUAAUUUUACUAAAUAAUAGUUUAAAAAAUGGUCAAGUGUUGAAGACAGGAUUGUGAAAAAAUACUGGCCUCUAGUCACUUUCCAGUAAUUUAUGAUAAGUGGUAUUAGAUAUGGAGUCUAUCGAUUAUCAGAAUCCAUUUUACAUUUUUAAAAACAUUUUUAGAGCACUACCACAUCCAAAAGUAACAGUUUGUGGGCCAGCUCUAGGCUGCAGACUAAGGUAACCAUUUUAGUACUGGUAUUUUUAAGUAUAUUUAUGCUUUUGGUAAGCUUCAUGGGGUUUCAUAUGCAUUCUGCUGGUAAUCUGGGAUUCUAGAGGUUCCAGCAUGGUUAGCAUUAAUGCAAACAUCGUGUUUUAACUAUUUUUGGUUUUUCUAAUCUAAUUCCAUGUCAAGUGGAGUAUUUUUGCUUCUGUGAAACUAAUUUGCUGCUACAAUAUUUUAUAAAUUAAUACUUGCUUACUACAGUUUAAACCAGAAUGCUUUCUCUAAAGCAUGGGUUUCACACUAAUGCUUUACUUGCUAUAGUAAGGAGAAGCUUCCUUGUCUGUGAAGUAGGUAGAUCAUUUUGUCAAUGACAAUAAUCUCUGGAAUUCUGUUAAGAAAGGGACUCAAACCUAGCUGCAACACUGUAUGUAAAGUCCAAAUCUAAACAGCAAUAAUAUGUUUGGAUUGUAUUUUCUUAUUUUUUUUUUGGUUACUCCGUAAAUACUGAAGAGAUA